AGUCGGCGCGGUGUCCAUUGUCGUGUCGCCAGCAUCGCCUCCACAUGUGCUUGUCCACUGGUCUGGACUCUUGCUUGUAUGGAAAGGAGGCAUUUGAAUGGACAUGCCGUAACGCCGCAACCUCUGGCAGUUCGCUCAAGCGAGUGAAAGUUGCGAUUUAGGUACUGCGUACGCUGUAUUCGCCUACCGAAUUUCGGAUUAACUUUUCAAUUUAGCAUCUUAGAAUCUCGUAUCCACAAUGAACCACAAGGACAUACCAAAGAUGUCCGUGACAGCGCAGUUCGACGAUUUCUGUCGAAGAUUCACUGGCGAUGACGACGAAGUAUUGAGCACAAUGCUAGAUUUUGUGAGGAACCAGGAAGUGUGCAGGCAGAGAUGGGAAGCAGCAGAAAAGUGUUGCAGCAGACUCGUGAAAGACAACGAGUCCCUGGUUCUGGUGAACUCGGAGCUUCAUGCAAAGCUGCGUUACACAAGGGAUGUGCUUGAAAAGGAGGUCCAGAGAAAACUGAAAUGUGAAGCGCGCCUGGAAGCCCUGCAAGCACAGCUUGACCAGGUCCGCUACUGCGUCUUUGGCCAAAGCUUUGAGAACAGGGAGCACCACAUGGUCAGGAUCUUGAAGAAUGUUCUCAGUCAGGAUAAUUUUGUGAGCACCAUGGUCGACAAGUCAGUGCAGUCUGUGCUCUCCCCAACAAGCACCACCUUCUCAAGCCUGGCGCAUCAUAGUGAAGACCUUGCAUCGAGGGAGGUUAGCGGGGAUACUCACCACAUAUUGCUUGGCCCGGUUCCUCUUCCAUGGGGUCCUGCCGGGCCUGCCAGCACUGGGCCGGACCCUUGCGGAUCAGCUCCCCCUAGACCUGGGCCCAUUCCUUCGAAACCUACUGCUGCUGAACGAUGCACUUCUGGACUUGGCCCUGCUCCUGCCAAAGUUCACUUUGAGCUCUCAGGUUCCCAAAAGACAAGCACUUGCAGCGGUUCCCAUGAGACCAGCGGCCGUGGUGAGGUGUUUGCCACGACCAUGACUGUGGUGGCAGGGGAGCCUGGUUAUGUAGCAACAGUCACAUCCCAGAUGGAAGGUAGCAUCAGCAGCAGCAACUCGUCUCACCAGCGAUUUCGGCGCAGUCGCAGUGGGCCAGCCCUGCUUGUUCAGCACUCCCAGAAAGCCAAGGAGAAGGUGGCAUCUGUGCCUCGAUCAAACCCUGUGCUGGAGGAGAGUGGCCUGGAGGAAGAAUCGGGUUUUGUCUCGAGGCUGGAACGCUUGGGGCCCCAGAAGAGCAGCACCCCUGUUCCUGACACAUUCCAGCAGCAACAGCCACACACCUUCAUCAGUCGGCCCGCCGUCAACCCCGAGAACUGCACCGCAUGCGACAAACGCAUCCGUUUCUACAAGGCCUCGUUCCAAUGCGGUGCCUGCGGCAUCGUCUGCCACCCGGAGUGCAAGAGCCUUGUUCCUCUUCCAUGUGGUCUUAGAACACCACCUCCGGAGGCCAGAGGUGCAAGUCACAGUGCAGCAGCAAAGAGCAGCCCGGGUUUCCUGACCGACUAUGCGCCCUCCGAGCCACCGUUUGUGCCACCUCUGGUGGCUCACUGUAUUCGGGAGGUGGAGCGGAGAUGCCUCCAAGAGAGGGGGCGGCUCUACGGUUCAGCAGCGCCACCUGAGGAAGUGGACGCGCUGCUUGGACAGUUGUUGAGUGGCCGAGACGUGCCUGUUCUUAGUGGUCACAGCUUGCCAGUGGUGUGCGGAGCUCUGAUGAAAUUCCUGGCUGCCCUGCGGGAAACCGUUAUCACCAAGUCGGUCUGGCCGUUACUCGCCGAGGCUGCUGUGACACGUGACGAGGACAAGGAGAACCGUACGUGGAGGCUCCUAGACGCAACACGACGGCUGCCGGCUGCCAAUCGCACUGUGCUGGCAAGACUACUGGUACACCUGAGGAGUGUGUCGGCCACGUCGCUUGGCGGCGACGGCCGAUCUCUCGACGAGCUGGCAACUGUGUUUGCACCCGUGGUGGUGGGCAGUUCAGAAAACAACCCGCCCACCGAGGUACAAGAGCGGGACAAACCCCUGCGGGAUCUGAUUAUGCACUGCCUUCUUGGUGUACCAGACGUUUAUUGGAUGGACAAUGCUGCUCCUGCGAGCUCUGACCCAAUGGAAACGGUGCAGCAGGAGACAAGGCCAGGAACGACGGCAGGUGAUUGCUGCACAGCGGGGUGGAAGGAGGCCAUCAAGAGCAAGCUAAGGCGAUCGAUUGGCGUGGGCUCCUUGGACACUGGAAACAGGAAGUGACAGAGCCACACAGUGAUGUUUAAUGGCAGUCUUCUCCCUUCCACACGAGCACAGUUUUGCUUUUUAUUUAUUGACUUAACCGCUAUAUUUUAACUUAUACGAAGCCUGUACAGGCCAAGAGAUGUGAUACGCCUAGUCAAUAAACCAUUUUAUAGUUUCCA